UCAUUUUAAGAUGGGAAUCAUUGCAUUUCUCAUCAUUUUGGUAGCCUCCUGCUCUUCCUGCCAAUGGAUAUUCGCUGAUCAAAUAGAAGGAAAACAGAAAAUUGACAAGUUUGUGGUAUGCUACCCACGAAAUUUCUGCUCCACAGGUCCAGAGCAGGACUGUCGUUCUGAUCUGCCUGCUGGCAAGUUUACAAUCCACGGCCUCUGGCUGAAUGAAUUGUCCACACCAAUAACAAGAACUUUCGAUAUAAAUCUUUUGCAAGGUCAACUCUUGAAAGACCUCGAAAAAGAUUGGCCAGGUUUACAGAACCGCCCUAACCCAAAUGAGUACUUAUGGCGCCACGAGUGGGUCAAACAUGGACGGUAUUUCCACCUCGGUUCUGGUACUCAAGUUGAGUAUUUCCAGAAAGGAAUCGAUCUAUUUCGUACUCCAGUGAUACAGAAGGCUCUGAGUGAACUCUUGAUUAAAGAAAAAAAGUACUUGACUGCCGAUAUUCUUAACCAGCUCAAACAGAUAACGAACUUUACUCCUGCAUUGUCUUGCAAGGAUAUUUCUGAGCCAGAAAAUUUUAGGUUACUGGUCGAGGUAACGUUUUGUCUCGAAUCCGAUUUAAACACUUUCAAGGAUUGUCCGGAUAAACGGAGUUGUGGAGCACAUUUUUAUGUAGAGACUACUGCACUCUCUCCUUCUCCUUCUCCUCCUUCUCCUCCUCCUCCUCGUGCUGGAAUAACAGAGGAAUUGAAAGCCCCUAGUUGGGCCUUCUUUCGCGCUCUUAGGCAUGCAAAACUAUAUUGAUCGGUGUUGUGUAUUAAUUUAUGUUGUAUUAGUUUGUACUGAGAUAGUUCAAUAUUUUAUGCAUAACUGUAUUACACUAAAUAACAGAGGAAACCGUUGCUUCGUUCUCUUUGUAAGCCCCUUGUUGGGCCUUUUUCUUGUGCUUUUAGG